AUGGCUGAGAAAGUAUGUAAAGAGUCGAUGAAACGGGCGGCGGCGGAAAGUGUGGUCCUGAAUGAUGGAUCAACCGACAUCGCGGUUGCUCUCGAUGGCUCCUGGCAGAAACGAGGAUUCACGUCCCUCAACGGGCUACUUACAGCGACUAGUUUCUACACCGGCAAAGUUCUCGACGUAAGCGUUCUUUCUGAAUAUUGUCGGUGUCCUGGCAAGACAUCCAAUAUUCAUGACGAGAAAUGCUAUGCGAACUUCCAAGGUGUUAGUGGGGCGAUGGAACUCGAUGGUGCCAAGGAAAUCUACCGUCGAUCGGUGCAACUCCACGGAAUACGCUAUGUCAAGUACCUUGGAGACGGCGAUUCCAAGGCUUACAAUGCCGUUGUAUCCGAUGAACCAUACGGAAACGGUGUAGAUAUCGAGAAAUUGGAAUGCGUCGGUCACAUCCAGAAGCGGAUGGGGACACAACUCAGAAAACUGAAUGCAACUUUCCGAGACGAUGUCGAAAAGAUGGGGAGAGCCGUCUGGGCGAUCUUCAAGCACCUAGAGUCAUCCAAUGAAUGUCCCGAUCACAGCUUUUGCGACAUCUCCUGGUGUAAGUAUUCGCAGGACCCGGAAGCAUAUGACCACAAUCAACAUUCGCACUCACCACGAUGCCUCAUGAAAGAGCUUCGGGCAAUCUUCGAGGAUCUCACCGAUACAGGCCUACUUCGAGAGUGCCUCCACGGCGAAACUCAAAAUCCGAAUAAGUGCGCCAAUCACCUCAUAUGGACGAAACUGCCCAAGACAGUUUUCGUAUCGCUCCCGGAGCUCAGGACGGGCGUUCACAUCGCGGUUUCGUAG